GCCCCUCACAUGGGCGCCGCCAUCUUGCGCCGCUCACGUGACGCCGGCGGCCGAGCAGGGUCAGAAAACCUCCGCCCGCCGCUCCGAAACGCGACCCCGCGGCGCUGCCCGCCGGCGGCGCGGCGAGGAACCGAUCCCGCCGGACCCCUCCCGCAGGGCGCGGCGGGUCAGCGCCCCUCGCCUUCCCUCCGCGCUCCCCGCGCCUUCCCCGCGCGUUUUCCGCCUCCCCCGCCCUUAGAACUCCGCGCGGACCGCGGGCGGGCGGGGUGGAGGAUUCGGCGCUCGGCUGGUCGCGCGCAGGCGCGGGGCGGCGCGCUCGGCGCUCGGCCGGUCGCCCCUGCCGCACAAUGAAUGGCCGCUGAGCGCGGCGGCACCGGGAGCGGCUCCGGGAGCGGCCGCGGCCCCAGCGCAGCGCCCCCGGCCCCCGGCCCCGCGCGGCGCCCGCCAUGGCGCAGACGCUGCAGAUGGAGAUCCCCAACUUCGGGAACAGCAUCCUGGAGUGCCUGAACGAGCAGCGCCUGCAGGGGCUCUUCUGCGACGUCUCGGUGGUGGUGAAGGGCCACGCGUUCAAGGCGCACCGCGCCGUGCUGGCCGCCAGCAGCUCCUACUUCCGAGACCUCUUCCACAGCUCCAAGAGCGCCGUGGUGGAGCUGCCGGCCGCCGUGCAGCCGCAGAGCUUCCAGCAGAUCCUCAGCUUCUGCUACACCGGCCGCCUGAGCAUGAACGUGGGCGACCAGUUCCUGCUGAUGUACACGGCCGGCUUCCUGCAGAUCCAGGAGAUCAUGGAGAAGGGCACCGAGUUCUUCCUCAAGGUCGGGGCCGCGGCGUGGAGGAGGAGGAGGAGGGUGGUUUGCUGUGAUGUAGCGUUACUUAAUGGGAUUGAACGUUAUGUGGCGUAA